AUCACAGAGGGAGAGGAGAGAGAGGCAAAGCGAGAGAUAUUUAUAGCCUAGAGCGAGGCUGCAGCACAGAGAUAAGGCUUGGGAGCAAGCCGCAGGCAGACAGAGAGACAGGGCUUCAGGGAAACGAGGACGCGUCAAAAUGAAACCGUUCCUUUCGGUCGUCUUGUUCGGGGCCGCGGUGGUCGCUCUGGUCAAUGGGGCCGGUGCCGACGGGGAGAUCUCCUUCGAGUACCACCGUUAUGAGGAGCUGCGGAAAGCGCUGGUGUCGGUGUGGCUGCAGUGUCCGACCAUCACCCGCAUCUACACCAUCGGGGAGAGCUUCGAGGGCCGCGAGCUGCUGGUGCUGGAGAUGUCCGACAACCCCGGGACGCACGAACCUGGCGAGCCUGAGUUUAAAUACAUCGCCAACAUGCACGGCAACGAGGCCGUGGGCAGAGAGCUGCUCAUCUAUCUGGCCCAGUAUCUGUGCAACCAGUACCAGCAGGGCAACGAGACCAUCAUCGACCUCAUCCACAACACCCGCAUCCACCUCAUGCCAUCUAUGAACCCAGACGGCUUUGAGAAGGCCGCCUCUCAGCCCGGAGAGAUCAAAGACUGGUUUGUGGGCCGCAGCAACGCUCAGGGGGUGGAUCUGAACCGGAACUUCCCCGACCUGGACCGCAUCAUCUACAUCAACGAGCGGGAGGGCGGAGCCAACAACCACCUGCUGCAGAACAUGAAGAAGGCCGUGGAUGAAAACACCAAGCUGGCUCCAGAGACCAAAUCAGUGAUCCACUGGAUCAUGGAUAUCCCCUUCGUCCUCUCAGCUAACCUGCAUGGAGGUGACGUUGUGGCCAACUAUCCAUACGACGAAACCCGCACCGGAUCCACCCACGAGUACAGCGCCAGUCCAGAUGAUGUGAUGUUCAAGUCUCUGGCCAGAGCUUAUUCCAUGUACAACCCGGUCAUGUCCGACCCUCAGCGACCUCCGUGCCGCAAGAAUGACGAUGACUCCAGCUUCAAAGACGGCAUCACUAACGGUGGUGCCUGGUACAGCGUCCCAGGAGGAAUGCAGGAUUUCAAUUACCUCAGCAGCAACUGCUUUGAGAUCACUCUGGAGCUCAGCUGUGAUAAGUUCCCCAACGAGGACACUCUGAAGAACUACUGGGACCAGAACCGCAACUCCCUCGUCAACUACAUCGAGCAGGUUCACCGUGGCGUCAAGGGUUUUGUCCGUGACCUCCAAGGCAACCCCAUUUCCAAUGCCACCGUCUCUGUGGAGGGUAUUGACCAUGACAUGACUACAGCCAAAGAUGGAGACUACUGGCGCCUACUGGCUCCAGGAAACUACAAAGUGGCAGCUUCUGCUCCAGGAUACCUGACUGUCAUCAAGAAGGUGGCUGUACCCUACAGCCCUGCAACCAGGGUGGACUUUGAGUUGGAGUCUCUGAUGGAGAGGAAAGAGGAGGAGAGGGAGGAGCUGAUGGACUGGUGGAAGAUGAUGUCGGAGACACUGAACUUCUAAAACGUUUGUCUCCCUGAUGGUCCGCACAUCGAUGUAAUAUAUUCAACAUUCUGUGUGCCCGUCCACUCCAAAAAAAAAAAAAAGAAAGAAUAUAUUGUCUCUUUUUGGUUGUGUUUUCCUUCCAUUAUCAUUUUAAUUGAUUUUGUUGUUUAUUAAUGUAGUAACGGUUUGCCUCAUACUCCUGUAGACUGCACACACAGUGAAAGACGAAAGGAGGAGAAUGCAGGUAGUUUGCUGGCAGCGAGAUCGGUGUUGACUUCCGUGGUAUUGUUCUUUAUUGUACACGUGAUUGGUAACCAUGGCACCCAACUAUAUAACCAAUGAAUGACUGAGUAAUUAUGUACGUAAAAGAGCUGUUUACAUCAUCACCAUAUGGCUCUGUUGAUAAGAAUUCAUCUUCUUUAAUGUUUUAAAUGUCUCUGUUUCUCCAGGCUUUAAUACAAACACACAAACUCUAGUGUACACAAUAACACACAAUCCCCAGUAACUGUAAACACACACUCUGAUAAAUACUGCUUCUUUCCUGUAAUGUAAAAAAACUAGUAAAAAACCAACACAUCGCUAUGAUUCUGAGAUAAUCAGGGACAUUAAAAACACUGUAAAAUCACUGUAAACAUUAUAUUGUAAACAAUCUAUACAGGUGAGCUCAUUUUCCUGUAUGUUAUUGAUGUUGAGAUUUUUUUUUUAAACUGCAGCACUGCUUUGACUUUAGCACAAGAUGAAUGCUUAUAAUAUAUACUGUAUUUAUGAAUUAGGCAUAGCAAGAAAUGUGUGGUUUUGUAACUUAAAAGAAAAAAAUCUAAAGAAAACGAGGCCAUAACACUCCUAAAUCUGUCCACCUCAGUUUACCCAAAGCCAUUCCUUUGUAUGUGCACUACACCAGAAAUACUGUAAUACAUAAAGGAACCGCGGGAGGAGCUGUUUUUCAACGAUUAAUUACCCAAACACUAAUCUUCUGAGUGGACACAAAGGUAAUCUGACUGUGUGGAUGCAGUUCAGAGAGGAUUUAUUGAAUGUAUAGUGAUAGAAACGGAUACAAAAUGUAAAGAAUGAACUGAUCAAUUAAAGUCUGCUGUUUAUGUUGUCAGA